UAUCAGUUUGUCAUCAUUAUCCUCUCUUUCCGUUGAUAAGGCGCACCAAAAAAUGCCACCACCCAUAUAUAUGAGCUAAAAGAAACAGUGACUCUAUCGGAAAUGAAGUCACUGGUUCUGCAAUCUCAGUUCCUUCUUCCAAGAAGCACCAAGCUCUCCAACCCAAGAUCCAAUGCCACCACUUUCAUCCCCUCAAGAAUCAUCACAUCAUGCAGUAAGCACCGCUCUUCACCAUCUCCUUCUUCAUCAUCAUCACCAUCAUCUUCCAAAUGCAAUUCCAUUUCAAGACCCACAAGAGCCAUCCAGAAGACCCAAAAUCAGCACUCUCCUCAUGUUUCACCAGAUGGGUGGUCGAGAAAGGUGGUUUUAGGUGCUGUUUUACUUGGGAUUGUGCUGGUCCUCAUGGGGUUUGAGGACCACCACAACAAGGCUUUGGCCUUUGGUCCUGAAGGGCCACUUGCGGAGGAGUUCUGGGAGAAUGUCAGGAGAUAUGCACUCUAUGCCCUCACUGUGAGUACAGGCGCUAUCUACACUAUAUUUCAGCCCAUCUUGGAGCUGCUCAAGAACCCGAUUUCCGCAAUUCUGAUCCUGAUGAUCUUAGGAGGCAGCAUCUUCAUUGUAUACCAGGUGGUGGCUACCAUGGUUGGGGUCAAUGAAUUCUCUUAUGAAUAUGCAUAUUAAUUUAAUCCGAAGUCUCAAUUUUCCGGAAGAUAGAUUCUCAAAUGUCUUUUCAUGUUGCUCUUUGAUUUUAUGUCUUUAACACAUGAACCAUGGUUCUCGGAAUAGUAGAAUAUUAGCAAGUUUUGCUCACAAUAUAUAAUGAUGCGCAUUACUGGUUGGUUUUGCUUAUCUCA